AUGGCUAAGUUCCCGACCGCCACAAAUAAUAUUGUCGAUACAACUCUAGACGUCUUUGCCGAUCCCGAGUUGACUUUCGACGAACGUCGGGUAGCCGUUGGGCGCUAUUCUGCAGGAGGGAAUCUCGCGAUUUCAGUUACACAAAACCCUAAACUUCAAUUGCAGCAGCAGUCGCCUGGUACCCAGCCACCGACUUUUCCGACAACCCGGCCCCCAAAGCUUGCCUCCGUCCGUAUGACUCUGUCGGCGAAGUCGAUCCACUUUUAG